GUCUGCAGUGAUGUGCUUACAAUGUGAGCACCUUGUCUUUCUGUUAAUCUCUUUGGUCUCACUCUUCUUUCAUAUUCCUGGGUAGGGGAUCUGUCAAUAACAGGACUCAGGACCCUUAAGUCCAUACAUGUGGGGACUAGCAUCAGGCCCUAAAGCAUGAAGGGGCAAGGAAGGAGAAAUCUCAUUCAGAGUGUUCAUUCACUGCCAGAAUUUGCUCAUUAACUGGCUGAUGAGGAGAAUCUUAAGGGCAAUGACUGACUGGCAUAAUGAGACGGUGCCAGGCCACCAGGAGCAGGAGCCAAGCACUGAAGAGUAUCAAAGAUCAGAGUGUGUUCUCGGCUAUAUCCCUGUUAUCUACUACAGCAUAUUGCUGUGUGUGGGAUUCCCAGUAAACAUCUUAACACUGGUGGCUCUGUCCCGUUUGACUGCACGCACCCAGAAGGCCCUGUAUGUCUACCUGAUGGCACUGACCAGCUCAGACCUGCUCAGCCAGCUCUUCAUCAUUUUUGUGGGGUUCCUGCUUGAGACAGCUGUGUUCCACCGUGAGGUGCCUACCCUUCUGCUGCGAUCAGUCAGCAUGCUGGAAUUUGCUGCCAAUCAUGCUUCUAUCUGGGCCACUGUACCACUCACUGUGGAUCGCUAUGUUGCACUGUGCCAUCCACUGCUCCAUCGUCAGAUCAGCUACCCGGCGCGGGCUCGGCGCAUCGUCGCUGCAGUCCAGGUAGCGGCGCUGGCAUCAGGUGUGCCCUUUUUCUGGUGGUCAGACAUGUGGAGGGUAAGCUGGCCACCUGGUGCAAUUGAUUUUGCCCUCAUAUGGGCCCAUGUGACUAUCAUCUACUUUCUGCCAUGCAGUAUCUUCCUGGUGCUGAACUCCCUCAUUGUUCUGCGUCUCAGAAGGCGCCAGCACCGGUGUCAGGACGAAAGCAGGCAGCAGCAGCUGGCACCAGCAGGCAGGCUGGGCAAAACCACAGCAAUGCUUCUGGCCAUCACUUCUGUGUUUGCAGUGUUGUGGGCACCCCGAACAGCCGUGGUGCUCUACCAUCUUUAUGUGUCAUCUGUGCACAGAGACUGGCGGGUACACUUGGCAUAUGACCUAGCCAACAUGCUAGCCAUGCUUAACACAGCUGUGAACUUCUUCCUCUACUGCUUUGUCAGUAAACGCUUCAGAGGGGUCGUGAAGGAUGUGUUGCUUCUGAGAGGAGCGCCGCUUCAUACUCAAAGGUCCUGCCAUCAAAGACAAGCUUCUGCUAAUGCCUCGAACUCAUCUCUUUCCAGUGGUGCCAUGCGAUCUCACAGACAUGCCAAUAUUGCUUGGGACUGUACUUAAUUCAUAUCACCCAAUACCAAAAAAAACACAUUUACCCUACAGUAAGGUUAUUAAAAAAAUCCUAAAUAUAAAAAAAUGCAACAUUGCCAAACAUGAUUC